CACCUCAAUCUGUGCCUUUGGAUUUGACAAUGAUGUUUGACUGUAUAAGAAUUUCUCAUAACUUAAAAUACUAUCCCCAUCUCCAAUCAAAGGAAAACUUUUCCAUUUUCCACUGGAAAGACAAUACAUUUAAUAAUAAUUUUGAAACAAUUAUCGAAAGAUAACAUCUUCAACAUAACAAUGAACUAGAGAUAUUAAGUACACAGGCUUCAAAUGACAUUUGGCGGGAAAUCAAUUUAUCCAUCAGCAGCUUCGUGGCAUGACAAAAUAAAAUGAUGACAACACAAGCAUUGUCUGGUUCCCUUAGGCAGUUAGGACUCAACACCUCAAUACCACUGCUACUGAGUGAGACCCUCGCAGAAUAUCAUACUACAGGAAUCCACAGCCUCUCCUUACAGUGCUGUGGCCCAACUCCUGCGUGAAUAUUCGGCACAUGAUCACUGCUGUGUAUUACAUGAGCAAGUCUGACAAUUGAUCCUUUGAGGAGAGAGUUGGUGAAGAUCUGGCAUCUUGUCAUCUGCUGAUGUGGGAAAUACCUAGCACUGAUGUACUUGACCAAGGCAUCCAGAAGGCAGUGGCUGGGAGGUGGUUACGGGGCAUGUUUCAGUCAAGUUGUCUGAUGUGAGUGUCUUCAAUUUGUUAUACUACUGCGGUCUGAUGCCAGUCUCGGAAUGUGGAUACUAAUUACCUAACAACUGUGCAAGAGAUAUUUAACAGGCACUGGAUUAUACAUCUACACGAGGAAUAAGAUUUGCUAAACAUAUUUCUGUGAGCACAGCGUGAAAACCAUUGUCAUAUGGAAUAUGUGAUUUUCAUGUGGAAAGUUUGCUGCAAUACCCUUGGUGUUCUUAAUUGGAAGGAAAUGUGAAAGGUAUAUGAAAUUUCAAACGACCAAAAUGGCGAAAAGAGUGCACGUGCAGUUAGUCCUAAACGUAACAGGUGGGUAAGAUGUCUGCUUCCCCUCCAGCAUGAGGCCACAAGGGUUUUUCCUUGCAGGGGCUCUGCUGAUGGCUGCCUCGUCUCUCGACAUGACACAGAACCACCCCACCAGGACCUCAUGCCCGAGCACGUGUACAUGCUCCGUUAAAAACUUCCCAAGUUUCAAUGGAAGACUACAUAUGGUUAACUGCAGUAACAGGGAUCUUAGACAGUUCCCAGAAGACAUACCCCCUGACACGGAAGUUCUGCUAUUUCAUCACAACAAUCUGAGAAACCUGUCUUAUAUUCCCUACCUGCCGUACCUGAAAUGUCUUGAUCUGUCCUAUAAUCACAUCCGCUACUUGGAUAAUCAACGGAUUUACGAAAAUGUCCAUUUGCUGAAAGUUCUGAACCUAAAGGGCAAUUCCAUACUUAAACUACAACAUGGUAGCUUUAGCGGUCUCAAAAAUCUUGACGUUCUCGAUCUGUCUUAUAAUGCAUUACAAAUAAUAGAAAUCCAUGCAUUUGGUGGUUUGAAUCAUCUUCAGAAACUCAUAAUCAACAACAACAACCUUUAUGAACUAAAAAGACUAUGGUUACAAUCGAUGUCAUCGGUUACUGAGAUACACAUGGCCAACAACAAGAUCGGAAAACUAGAGCCCAAGGUGUUUGACACGAUGCCUCAUCUUGUCCACCUAGACUUGUCGGGGAAUCAGAUCCAUGGAAUACAUUCUACGUCUUUUACAAAUGUGCAUGGCAUUAAGGUCAUAGAUCUUUCUCGGAACAUGCUGACGCACGUGCCUCAGUGUGUCCUUGACAUUGGAAGGCUGCAGAUUCUGCUGAUGGACUCGAACCAGCUCCAGAGGAUUGAAACUAAUGACUUUACCAACUCCAACAUAACGGAAAUUUCCUUGAGCUUCCAACUCCAGCUGAGAGUCAUUGAAAAAGGUGCUUUUAAGAACCUGCCUCGUUUGCUUAAUCUCAUGAUUCAUGACAACCCAAAUCUCAUCUUCAUUCACCAAGAGGCAUUUCAAAAUGUAUCCCAACUGAAUUCAUUAUUUCUCCACAACAAUAAACUAAUGGCAGUGUCUGUGAAUAUCAAAGAAAGCUUGCCAUCGUUGCAAAACCUCCAUCUCUACCACAAUCCCCUGCACUGUGACUGCAAUGUGUAUUGGAUCAAGAAAGAACUACAAGAGAGUUUGAAUUCCAGUUCCGACACAAGUAUGUACAUCAAAGAAGCUGACAAGCUUUUGUGUGAUUCUCCAACCAGCAAAUCUAACAUGCCGCUAAAGCAGGUCCCACUUUCCCAGUUACCCCCUGUCUGUCCCCCAACUACGCUUCCACUCUUCACAGACUCGUACAACACCACCGUUGGUGAUAAUCUCUAUCUGGAGUGCCAGGCUAUUGGUGUUCCACAACCAAAGAUUCAUUGGCUUUUGCCUGAUGGCACGGUUCUAAACUCCUCCAUGACUAAUGAUCGUGUCAUGUUGGUAGAAGACACUGCCAUAUCUGUUCAUGGCGUUCGGACCUCUGACGAAGGGACGUAUGCAUGUGAGGCCCAGAAUGCUGUGUCGUACGACAUUAGUUCAACUGCUGUGAACGUGCUACAGAAAGAUCUCAAGUUCUAUCCAAUCAGUAUUUCAAAUGACUACAUAACAUUACAAUUAAGAGGAUCCAUAAAAAAGAGUCAACUAGCCAAUUUUCAGCUGAAGUAUAAAGAGAGCAGUGGUGGUGACAGUGAGGUAGUUCCACUGAGUGCAAGACUGACUACAUGUACACUUGGAGGUCUCAAACCUCUAACGACAUAUGAAAUCUGUAUUGUGUAUGAUGCUGAGUUCACUAUCCACUGCCGCAAUAUCACCACCAAACAUGAACUGAGUGUCAAGCAAGGCAUCACACGCAUCACAACACCCAAGAUUAUAGCAGGUGUGUGCACAGUGCUUGGUGUCACAGUCAUCUUGUGCUGCAUCUUCACCGUCAUGAAAAAGUUAAAGAAACGGAAAGACUACGAGGACCCGGAGCCGGACAAGGGCGACGCCCUGUCUCAGAUUCCCCUGGAUAAUCUGUACCAGCCCCCAAGUACCCCUCUGUGCACCUCCAGAACAGCUCUGCUGCCACAUUCCCAGAUUUAACAGUGUGAAAGGUGGUACAAUAAUUUACAAACAUGGAAAGUUGCAUCAAAAUGUGUUAUUGCACCUUCUGUAUGAAAUAGGUAGCCCUGUUCAACAGACUGGAAGUGGUAGAGCAGCUGCUUGUGAAAAGGGUCCUCCGCAACCAAUGCUUGCCAUAAAAGGCGACUAUGCUUGAUGUCACUUGGCUGACGCAUGUCACUGUAUCCCAAAUGUGUGGAUCGUUGCUCAUGAUGUCAUUCACUGGACUGUCUGGUCCAGGCUUGAUUAUUUACAGACCACCGUCAUAUAGCUGGAAUAUUGCUGAUUGCUGCGUUAAACGUUUAACAGACAAACAAACCCAAACUUGUGAAAAGGUAGUAUACCUGCUAAUAAUGACUGGUGGUUUACCACUGAUAUAUGAAAACUGGCAUACAAUGGUCAUAUAUUAGAAUCCAACAUCUGAAAAGGUGGUAUAACGUCUAAUAAUGACUGGUGGUUUACCACUGAUAUAUGAAAACUGGCAUACAAUGGUCAUAUAUAAGAAUUCUACAUCUGAAAAGGUGGUAUAACUUCUAAUAAUGACUGGUGGUUUACCACUGAUAUAUGAAAACUGGCAUACAAUGGUCAUAUAUUAGAAUCCAACAUCUGAAAAGGUGGAAAACUUCUAAUGAUAUGUGGUUUACUGCUAACAUAUGACAAUUGGCAUACAGUCAUAUGUAAGUAACUUAAUCUGAUAAGUUGGUAUACACUCCAUUUCAUUAAAAGCAAAUGAUGCAGAAAACAGUUGUGGUCCAGAUGGAAGGAUAGGGGUGUCAACAAAGCGGAAGUGUUUAUUAAGUUCAGUUGUAAGAAUGAAUAACUCUUUUGCUCUUUGAUGUCAUUGCUGUGAAUCUAAUAUCAUAUGUUUAUCUGAUAAAUGAAAUAUAAAAUAAUAACUUGGAUACUGAUACACACACAUAUUUUGAAACCUUCUCAUCAGGACCACAUGUGUUUUAAGGCAAAAUGUAUGAAUAUUGUAAUACAGGAAAAAUAGUCAUUCUUUCUCAAGUUCUUUGGGUACUUGAUUAGAAUGCUGCUUAUUAAAAGGGCAUAGAAAUUGCAAGCUCAUUUAGAAAAAAAUUUUUUAAUUGAAUUUAGUAUUUACAUACAUGCUACUCAAAAGAAGUCAAAGAACACCUGAUUCUUUCAUAUUCCAUAAUGGAUCUGUCAUGACAAGACAUAUUUACCAUAAUAAUAUGAGUGUCUUUAGCAUCUUUUGAGUAGUGUUUAUGACAGUGUGAAAUGUGUUUCAAUGUAACGUUCAGUAUUCAUGAUCAGAGGAUUCUAAAACCUAAAACGAAUACUAGACAAAGCUAUUUCCACAAAACGGUUUAUUGUCAAAUUGAUGUUAAAUGUCAAAUUUAUUAUAACAACCCAAUCAAACUGUUGAACAAUACUACUGUUUCAUAGUUAAAUGUGUAUUCGGUCUCAUGGUGCAUAUUUCUAUUGUUUUCUGAUCUGCUUCAAGCAUUCACAAACAAUUCCAUAGGUUAAUUAUUUGUCCACUGGCCCAAAUAUAAACAUCUCCGUAUUCACGACAUUCUUAAUUAUCCAGUGUACCAGAUUUCUAUUCUAUUACGAUACGUAUUCUCUGGAUUCAUUCGCGAUCAUAGCUUCGUUUCGUUUAUCCUGUCAGUAACUAUAGUGCAGAAUUUUGGUACAGAGAUCUGUGUACUUGUCAUGAUGAAUGCUGCACACUGUGGCUGAAGUGAUAUCAAGCCCCAUGUCACCAAUAUGAAGUCACAAGUCUAUAGAAACUGCCAUAUAUCAAUGUUUGUUUUUUCCAACAAUAACGCGCAACUGAAGUAUUUUAAUCAUAUUAACCAUCCUAUUAUUUCAAUGACAUGCCACUUUUAGUGUCACUUUUUACUUUGCAAAUAGGGAAUAAUACAUAAUUUGGCAUUUUUAUUGUACGUUUGUUUCUGCUUUUUAAAAUAGUAAACUGUUUUCAUAAUGCAACCUCCGAAUAUGAUUUUUUUAUCUCACAUGCUACACCUACCUACCAACCAACAUAUGUUAAGUUUUGUCAAAGAUU